CCAAAUGCCAAUUCUUCUGAUUCUCAUGCACUCUAUUUGACCCUUAGAAGAAGAGAGCCUGCCCCUCGUCAAAUUGUAUUUUCUCCAGAUUAUUGUUUGUCCUUCGUUCUGCCCGUCGAUACGUUCAAUACCCAUUAUGGAACAUAACAAGGACUCAACUGCGGUCAGCCCGCCAGUUGAAGCUACUGAAACACCUCACACUGUGAGCUCUGCGACACCUACACCUCCGAUCAACAACGAUAUCAUCACUCCGCCAGCAGGUGAAUCAGUACGGGACAUUGCCAGUGAAGCUCAGCCUCCAAGCUACGAAGAACAUGAUAAAGAAGUCGUGCCAGCGCCAGAAGUUACGUCCACCGCCGCGACCUCGCCUCCUCUUGAAAAGACCGCAUGGCAGACUGCCACGCAGACCCCAGCUCCCCAGCCAGGACAAGGUCUCAUUGCCCAGAGAACAGUCGAACUGAACCAACUGGGUGAAGAGCCACGCUUGGUCAACUGCCCCUUCUGCCACCACCAAGCCAUGACAAGAGUUCAGAAAGAAAGCACCAGUGCCACAGGAAUGGCAGCAGUCGGUUGUUGUCUGUUCGGCGGCAUCAUCUGUGCCUUCCUCCCCUACUGUAUGGAAAUGUGCCAUGACAGCCACCACUUCUGCUCAAACUGUAACCAAAAAGUGGCCAUCCGGCCACACGACGGCCAAGUGCAAUUGUUCUUACCACAGAACCCGGUGGUCACAGCGCCCGGACAGAUCCAGCCCCCGCAACCAGUCGCAAUGACUCACGAGAACAUGGCCAAGAACUAAUGGCUUUCAAUAAUGGUUCUGUGUCUCACAAUUUCUGUCUUUUUUUCUUGGCCCCGUAUUUCGGCGGCCUAUCAGCGUUAAGAUAUCCUUGAUUUGUUUACCACUCAGCGGCCCCACUUACCAUGAGGCUCAAGAAUUCAAAUGUCCCCGUCUCUUGCCGGUCGGGUGGCUGUGCGCCCCUUCAUUCUGACCUUUCUGUGUUCCAUGAUUGUUCCUAGUAAAGACUCAGGUUUCAAUCACCUUUUAAAUGAUUUUAUUUGAUCAUCUGUUAUUCGACCUCAUAACUAGGGACACGCGCGAAAAUGUUAGCUCUUUGAACGCGCUGUCUUCAUGUUUUCUACCAUUUACUUUAUUGAGUCAUUCCAAUCAGUCGUUUGCACGGUCAUAAUAUCUUUUUCUUAUUAGAUAGGCACCCCUAAAAAUCAUUUGUGUG